AUGCUACCCUGGCCCGAGAUGAACGAACAAAAUGUCAACGAUCAGUAUCCGACUUGGGUCGGCCUCGUGUAUAUCUUCAAUCUCAUCGUCGGAACAGGCGCCCUGACGUUACCCGCCGUGUUUAGCCGUGCAGGAUGGGGACUUGGACUGAGUGUCAUUUUAGUGUUAGCAUUUAUCAGCUUUGUCACAGUUACAUUCGUUAUAGAAGCAAUGGCAUCUGCUAAUGCUAUAGUUACAUGGAGACACAUCCAACAUCGAAAACGCGUUCUACAAACAUUAGGUGAAUCUGGACCUUCCAAUUCAGACUCUGAAGAUACACCACUAGUAGCUCCCCUCACGAAUAGUCCUGAACGUUUGGACAAUACUUACAGAUAUUAUGUGAUUCACGAUAGAAUAGAGAUGGGUCAGAUGGCAUCCAUCUUCUUCAACAAAUUUGGCACUACGCUAUUCUACUUGUGUCUGUCUGUAUAUCUAUAUGGAGAUUUGAGCAUUUACGGAGCUGCAGUUGCAAAGUCGAUGGCAGAUGUUGCCUGCACUUAUCAGCCAAGCAAUCUCACAUGCAAUGAUACCAUACCAGACACUGAAUUUUGUUGGGAAGGUCCUAUGUUAAAUCGAUUGGAUGCAUACAGAAUAUUCCUGACAAUAUUCGUGCUAACACUGGGGCCAUUUGUAUUCUUUAAUGUCCAGAAAACCAAGUAUCUUCAGGUAUUGACUUCGAUGAUGCGAUGGCUCGCAUUUACUAUCAUGAUUGUGUACGCUGUAAAUAAACUGUUGCGAUACGGUAUUCGGGGCGACCCACCUGUUGCAAAUAUAACUGGGAUUCCUAGUCUUUUCGGUGCUUGCGUUUAUUCCUUCAUGUGUCAUCAUUCGUUGCCGGCUCUGGUCGCGCCAAUAGCGAAUAAAUCUAUGCUAAAUCGAUUUCUCGCGUUCGAUUACAUACUGAUCGCUUUGUUCUACUUACUGUUGGCAUUGACAGGCGCCUUCGCCUUCGAGCAUUUGGAUGAUCUCUACACAUUGGACUUCGGGCCACGUGGAUCGGGUGAUUGCUCCAAGAGCAACAAUAUUUUCAUGCUCCUCAUAGAAUAUUUCCUCGCGCUCUUCCCUGUAUUCACCCUGAGUACUAGUUUUCCCAUUAUAGCGAUUACUCUCAGAAACAACUUGCAGUCUCUCUUUCUAAACGAGGACAUGUCCUACAAUUUAUGUCUUCGAAAACUUGUCUUCCCCAUCUUGGCAGUAAUACCGCCGUAUCUGAUUGCGAUGAGCACCAAGGAUCUGUCAAUAUUAGUUGGUAUCACAGGUUCAUAUGCUGGAGCAGGGAUUCAAUAUUUAAUACCCACGUUCCUGGUCUACUACGCUAGGCAGGAGACUAACAAAGUCAUCGGUCUCGGUGUUGUUAACAAAUUCGCGAGUCCUUUCUCCGGCAGAUAUUGGCUGUUUUUCGUUGUGAUAUGGGCGAUCGCUUGUAUGAUCUUGGUGUCAGUCAAUUUCAUACAGAUACAUCUCGUACCGAUUAACGGAUAACGACAUGAAAUAUCGUCUGUAUCGUACAUAAUCAAAAGAGAAGGGAGCUUUGCUCCUCGGACGUAACUCCUGUUGUGUGAAAGAGUCGCAGGGACGGAUGUUUACGAAAGUUGAUUGCAUAUCUUGAGCGAUACAUUUUGUAAUACAUUUUGUAAUACAUUUUGCAAUGUAUUGCAAGUGAAAUUAUCACGAUUAUUGAUUUCUUGAGAGACUGACAACGAUAAAUCUCAGAAAAAUAUUGUACAGACGUUGAGUGCGGGCGGAAUAACGCGAUUGGUUCGCGACUUGCAAGGACUUAGGUCUCUUGGGGCGUAGAUUAUUAAUAAUCUAAGGAUUAUUAAUAAUCGUCAUUUGUGGCAAUGUGUGCUGACACGUGUCUAUGACGAAACGACAAUAUUCUGGCACAAGUCGGCGUGUACAAGUCGAAUACUAGAUAAGUUUGAAAACGUAGGUUAUUAAUGUAUGUAGCAGGAAAAUUUCAUUUGUCUUUGUAUCUCUUAUUUUUCCAGGCUUGCUCUGGUAUGGAUGUAGCGUAAUUUCGUUACAACAAGAAGACUCUAAUCGUUGUUGUUGUUGUAGUAUUUAUAUCUUUUUAUGCGGUAGGAUCGCUUUUUGUGUAUUUCUGUGCAUUUAUGGCGAAAUGCUAAUAGUGAGAAUGAUAGCAGGUAGUGGCAAUAGCAAGAGCGCAUAAUGUUAAGUUUUGUUUUUAAAUCAUAUUUUUGUAUAGAUUAUGUAUAAAACUGCCAAAAGAAGUGGUAUUCGCAACAUGUCCGUCAUACCUGUGUACCUGUACAAGCGUAGUAGUGUACAAUGAGGAACAUUGCGGGUAUGUGUGUGUGUGAAUGUGUGUAUGUAUGUAUAUAUACAUAUAUAUAUAUAUAUAUUUUCCAAAAGCAAUUGAAAAAGUGGAUAAUAAUAAAUAGUUGAUUAUACAA